GAUUGGUUGAAUUCACCUCCAGGACGAUAGUUCUAGGUUCGAAAACAAACGCAGUAACGAAAAAUUAAUGUUCGUAUUAUACGCGAAUCGUUUUAUCCAGACCGUGCGUUUAUUAAUUUUGUAGUGUUUUAAGCGCAGUAGGACCUUAAAAGCAUGGAUUAUGGGAAUGGCAGGAGCAGAUGGCAGCGACCAUCGUAGCCAACAGGAAAAGCUAGCCUGCUAGCUUUCAGACGAAAUUACUACGGACAAAUCGACCUGAAAUUUCAAGUAAAGCCCGUCAGCAUGUUGAUGGUGGGCGACCAUGGAGGGAUCUUAUAGAAUGAGUGUGAGAGAGCUUUGUGAGACAGAUGAUCUGGCCACGAGUCUGGUGCUGGAUCCCUUACUGGGGUUCAGCACCCAUAAGAUGAAUAUCAGUACUCCCCCUGAGAUCCGGCGAUGGGGGUACCUCAGAGAGACACUCCUGCGGUUCAAGCGCACACAUGACUUCCAAGCCACCUUUGAUGCUCUUUUGGAUGGAGAGUGGGUCAGCGACUAUUUCGCUGGGCUGGGUUCACACCGUCAGGAGCUGUUGAAGCAGCAUAUGUAUCGCUACAUGACAGCAUUUCUGUUGGAAAGUGGAGUGAACAUUGAGCCUUGUAACCGCUAUUCCUCUGAGACCAAUGGAGCCAAAAUCACAUCCACCCGACACUGGUUAGUGGGAGAGCGUGUAGAGGUACUGCAGGGCUGCAUAGCAGAGCUGAGCCCUGAGGAUAGUGCUGUUCUCAGAGCAGGAGUGAACGACUUCAGUGUAAUGUACUCCACACGCAAGAGAUGUGCUCAGCUUUGGUUGGGGCCUGCUGCCUUUAUCAAUCACGACUGCAGACCCAACUGUAAGUUUGUUCCUGGAGAUAAGAAUGGAGCUUGUGUGAAAGUGAUGCGGCCCAUCUCACCGGGAGAAGAGAUUACAUGUUACUAUGGGGACAGCUUUUUUGGGGAGAAUAAUGAAAUGUGUGAAUGUUGCACAUGUGAGAGGAGAGGAGAGGGAUCGUUCAAGAAGAGAGACCAGUCCCCAGAUUUGGCUUGCUCUGGGGAUCCUUCAGGACAGAAAUAUGAAUUCAGAGAGACUGAUCUAAGGCUUAACAGGAGUAGAGGAAAUGGCACUCCAAAGCCAUUUCUUGCUGUUUCAAACUCUGCCUUGCCAAUUAGGAAUAUGUUUUCCCAACGGACAAAGAGGAACGCCCUUGUUUUGAGCAAGAUGAGAAAGACUGAUAGACGAAAGAGGGAGGAGCAAUGUAAACAGGUGGAAAAAAGAAUGCAAAACCUCUUAUCAUCUUUUCCUCACCUCAAGCUAAAGGAGCUGAGCAUCUGCCUUCAUCAGCACAGCAUAAAUUUCCUAUUACGAUGUAAGGACCCCUUAAGCAAAGAAAGGGCCCUGCUGUAUCUAAUUGAGAAAGAGCGACCAAAAUCUGAGUGGAUCACAAACGACAGCAAAUCUGCCUCUUCACCACUUAAUAAUGCUAACUUAAAGGGACCAGAAGAAAGAGAGGACGAGGAUGGAGAAAUGUUAAAUGGAGACUCUGUCAUUCAAUUUCAACCAUUUACUCUUGGAUGCGUUUCCAUUGUACAUGAAAGAGACGAGAUGAAGACCGAGGGACAUAACACUGAUGCGUCGUCUGUCAGAAUUAUCCACCAGGGCAUUUCCUCAAGGACCAGGAAUAUACUUUGUGGUCGUCUAAGCAGUCUCCGAGCAAAGACUCGACCUAAACUCUCCAGAUUUAAAAGGAGGAGGACCAGACUGAUUAAAUCAAACUCUAAAUCUUCUAAAGUCCGAAAUGAAUGCUCUGGCACCCAAACAAAAGAUGGAAAGUGGCAAAAAGAAAAUGAAGUUGAGUCUAGGGACAUUAUUGAUCCUCUGUUAGUCUCUCCAGGUAAACCAUGUACUGAUAAAAAUGUACACCUCGAUGAAGAUGCUGGAACUAACAAUGACAAAUCAUUACGAACAGAGAGUACAGUGAUCAUAGAGACACAGCAGAGAGUCUUUAGGGAUCGCCUCAGGGAAGUGGCAGGUGACGUGAAACACAUCUGUGGUUCUAUUGCUCCUAGGGAAGGUGAUGUUAGUUCUUGUGCAGCUUCAGAGACCUCAGGGGAUGACAAGAAAAUCCACAGGCAGCCUGUCUCUUCUAGUUCUGUAAGCGUUAUGCCCUGCUUGUCUUCACCAUCUCUUACCAGCCCUGUCUCUUUCCUCUCAGGGUUAAAUCGUCACCUCAGAGUCAGUCUGAUCAGGGUGUCUAUCCCAGGAAAACCAGAGGUUGAAAGUACAGGGCAGGCAGAGAGAGACAGUAGAGACAACGGUACAGCAGCAGCAUCAGUGCGGCAAAGCACAAAGUUAGAUGGGAGUGAAGAAUGCAAUAAACAAGGUAAGAAAGGGGUGAAGGAGUUAUAUUUCACACCAGUAAAUGUGGAAAGUGCAGAUAAGUACUUAAAAGUAACAUGCGAUUUAGAGAUUGGCAAAAAUGUAGUCACACAGCCUGUUGUGACAGAAUUAGUUGAUGUCUGUGGUAAGGAUAGCCUCAGUGAGUGUGAAAUUGAAGGAAAAAAGGAUGAUAAUGUUGUAACGGUUGCAUCUGUUGAAGUUACAAUUCCCCAAAAUUCUGAAAAUGCUGUAACGAAACGAAAAGAACGAGAAAAGAAUGCGAAACAAACACGUGUUGAGGGCAUACCUCAGGUGCUAGAUAAAGAAAGCAGAGUUAUAAAGAAAGGGGAUAUAAUUGCUGAUGGUAAUGACUUGAAAAAGAAAGUGUUAACAGCGCGUUUUGGGAGCAGGACUAUUGUUGUUAAUGAGGCAAGAGUGCUGCUGACAGAUAUUAGAAAGAGUGGCAAUUUUAGUCAAGAUGCUAUUUACCACCAACCUCCAUGUAGUUACAGUGAUAAACGAAAAGCUUGUAAUAUGAAGACACUAUCCCUUGCUGUCAAUAAAGAGAAAAAAGGCAAGCAUGAUACACUUAAAAACAAAUGUGAGCAUCCUAGUCAGGGACUCGCUGCAGCUAAUCAGCCAAAUAAAGAUGACACUUCAAUUUCCUUGGAGCCUUCAUCCAUGUGCAUGGUGUCUCUGGAUAAUAGUCCGCAGAGCAGUAUUCCCCUAAAGAAACGUCAGUUUCGAGAAUCAGUGGACACCGACCCAGAACAGGAUGUUAAUGUACCUGCAACACAGUGUACAGAUGGCAGUAAUGACACUGAGCCCAACUCGGACAAUCUGUUACCUAAGCUUAGUGGAGGCGGCAAUUUUGAAUCAAGUUUAACUCAUAAAGACAAUGUUGGUGUUGAGUCCAAAAAAUGUGGCUCGUCCAAGUUGUUAAAGACUUUUCCCAAACGAUGUUGUAAAGGUCUUCAAGGUUCUCAUGACUGUGUACCCAUUUGUGAGCAGACAAUCAAUGACCCUAGAAGUGAAACAUCCAAAAAUAAGAAAAGAGUCAAAUACAACAUGGAAGAGGAUAACCAAGUGGAAAAUGAGAAAGGAAGAACAAAGGCACCUGGGAACUCUAAGACUGGGCAUUAUAUAGAAGAUGCCAGAAAUGAGUCGACUACCUCAGAUGACAAGUCUGAAGAAGAUCAGAGGUCAAAUGUCAGAAUCCGCCUUAAGAGAAAAAGGGGGAAGGAGUGGGAAAUGGAGAGUACGGACGAAGCAGAAGGUGUUGUAGACAAAUCAAACCCUUUGUCUUUAGUUGACCCCUUUAGGGCCAUUUUGGAUUCAGUCUCAAUUUUAAAUGCAGAAAUGGAGAGGAUUCGGGGUCACGGGGAGGCAGAUAAUGGUGUAGGUUUGGAGAAAGCCACCAAAGCAGUCCAAGAUGUGCUAGAGCAUUGUAGAAAAGAAUGUGCAACUAAGCCAUGUAAAAGACAGCAAAAAGUGUCAACUGUUGGCAUUCGAAAAAGAAAUGUUAGCACACCAAAAGAACCUGUUCAAGACAGUAGUACUGUUACAGAUGCUGUAAGAAGCUCAACUGGUCCAAAAUCUGAGGUGAAUGUUGAUGAUUUAAAACCAUUACCUCCACUUAAAUUGUGCAGGAAAGGUGAAGGCAAGUGGGAGGUGGAGUGGAAAGAAGCUCAGAAGGAAGUUCAGAGCAUUGAUAUGGUGUACAGGGAGCCAAAGAAAUUGGCAUCAGUCUCUUCUAAACCAGCAAUACUGGAACAGUCACCGCUGUGUAAAGUUAAAGAGGAAAAGCCGUCUCCAUGUCAGAGAAUAAUGGCAGCUCGUAGCAGCACCAAGGGUACAGAGACAUUCAAAGAUCCAGUGAGUUUUGAGACUUCACCUUUACCAUUAUCCCUUUCGCCUUUGUCACUUUACUCUCCCUGUUAUGAUGGACUCACGGGAGUUGGUAAAGUCAGUGGGAGUGUUCAAGCAAAAGAGAAUGAAAACAAAGGAAAGAAUGACACUUCCUUGAGUCACAAUUUGCUUCAGAUUAAUAAAAGUCUGUCAAGACUUCAAGCUCUGAGUCAGCCACAGGUAUGUGAGAAAAGUAUGCCAACUAACACUAGUGCAACCUCUUCUCAGAUUCAGUCCCCUCCUAUCUCUCCAUUUACAACAGAGUGCAGCUUUAGUAACUAUUCUGAGGAUGUACUUGACUUUCCUUGUUUAAAUCUGGAAAGCUACGAUCAGAUGCCUGCACAAAACAGCUUGGCUAACACCUUAAUUGAUUACUGCCCCGGCGAACCCCAUAAUACAGGAUCCUUCAGUAGCCCUUUCUCCCAAAGUCCUGCUGAUGCAUGGAAUCCAGAGACUCCUUACCUUGGAUCCCCAAGUCCAGUGAGUAACUUUAGUAGUGGUGAUGACCUAAACUUCCCAGACAUUGUCUUCGCUCAGUCUGAAACAUCCUCUUCUGUUGGUGCUCCUCAAAUGGUCUUCAAAGAUAGAUUAUGUAAUUCCACCACAAGUUCUGCUCCUCUUCAAGACCCUGAGAAAAAUCUGUACUUAUCUGAUGGUGAGUUGUCCAAAAGUCCUAUAGAGCUCCAGGUCCAGGAAAAUUCAGCAACAGCAUUUUUUCCAAAAGACUUGACAAUAUUUAACAAUGCAAAUGUUAAACAGGCCAUUCACACAACUGGGCGUUUUUAUCCUCAGGAUAGAAAGUUAAACUUUCUUGAUUCAAUUGUUAAGUCUUCAGAGGCAAGCCUUGCUAAAAUUGAGGCUAGAGAUAAAACUCACAGACCCCUCAAUUUGCAUAACUCGAGUGCAAAAUCUGAAUCUGUCUUUCCAAACCAGACAACACAAAGCCUGCAUGCUGCUGGACCUCAGAGUAACCCUGUUACACCCUUCCAUUCGCUUCAUGUAGGAAAUAAGUCCACCUCACUUACGGAGUAUCCGGGUGCAUUCAACUCUGGUAAUGCACUUUUCCGUAGCCAUGACAAGAAGCUUCCUUUUUUUCCAAACCAGAAGAAUCUCUUGAAAACAGAGGGUGGCCAGAAUGCUUGUCGAAUUUCUGUUGCUGCAGGCAGCGGCAAGUCUCACAACAAUAUGGAAAGCACUUUUGUUUGUCCAGGUCCUUCAGGUUCUCAGAGUGGAAAAAAUCCUUCUGCUAGGUAUUCUAAUACUGGAUCAAGAAUGGCUGAAAAUCUACAAAAAAUCUCAAAGAACAUCCCUUCCAAACAGUACCCUACUAAUCCUGGACUUCAAGGUGAUCGCAUUCACCCUGUUUAUUUUGUCAGCUCCAGCAACACCACAACAAAUGCGUUCAAGAAUAUUACAGGUCUGAAGCCUCGCAUCUCAAGGAAUGAUAAAGAUCUACCCCUACCCUCCACAUUUUUAUGUUCCUCAACUCAAGGUUCUCAAUGUUACAGCACAACACAAAACAAACUCUCAAAAUUAGAGAAACCCCAUGCUGUUGUGGCUCCCACCCAAAACACUCAACAUACUGGAGUGAUCCAAACCCACAAGAGUCAGACUUGUGCAAAUAUUUCUCACUGUGAUCCUUCUGAUUAUAACUUCAGCUCCUCUCUUACAUCUCCUGCGUCACAGCACAACAGUCCUCAUCUGGGCUACAGAGAAUCUCUAAUCCACGAGGCCCCACUAAAUAAAACGCAGUCAUCCACCUUUGAAAACAGUCAGCCUCCUCAACAGUCUUAUGUUGUGAACUUCACUGGAGAUCAUUCUCUCACUCUUGGAUACAGCGAGGAUGGCGAACGCUCGAAUUACACUGGUUCAGGUCCUGCAAAUUACACAUAUCAUUGUCUUAUGGAGCCUUCAGGAACUCAAGGAAGGCUGGUUGUUGAAGCGUGUGGUCCCUCAAACUUCUCACCUUCUACACCUGUGAGCAGGUGUCCUGGGUCUAAAGUCCAUGGAGGCCAAAUUUGUAAAGAUCCUCAGCAGACUCAGCAGCUUGGAACUCACCCAUAUAAUUCUGUACACUUUACCACCUCCCACUCACAAAGCACCCCCAUAACAGAUCGCAAGCCUAAGAGACUGAGGCUUGUGGUGACUGACGGUACAGUGGAUCUGGACCUACAAUAUACCGAUUAAUAAUGACGUCCUUUGUUGAUAUGCUGACAUUUAUUUAUUUAAAUCGACUUCAGUGUAAUAAGGUGUUCUGUUUAUUUUUCAUUAAACUUGUAUGGAUCGUCCAGUUCUUAGCAUUAAAGCAGAAUUUUUCUUGAAAUAUUUAAAGACAUAUUUUUAUUAGCAAACUUGAUUGCUUAAUUACUUGUAUGCUGCAUUUAAUGUUUUAGUAAUUUACAUAUAGAGAUCAUAUUUUUCAUGCUAGUGGUUCCUGUAAAUAUUAUAACAGGAAAAAUGGAUGUUCUGUUCACUCUGUAGUACAUGAUACUUGCCACAUGAUGGUGGUGCGGUUCUCCACCACGUGGAAAUUCACUCGAUUUCCUCAUAGCCUUUUGAGUUCAAAGUUUGUAAUCUAGAUUGCUGUUGUUAAGAGUUUGUAUGUGUGGCAACUUUCAUAGUUCAGUGGGUUUGCACAUGAAGGACCAGAGCAUGGUUCAUGUGAUUUCUUAAAUUUAGGAUUGUUUCUAUGUCCAUCUGUCAAGUUGAAUAAGAGUGUGCAGGCAGUGGUGCGUAUGACAAACAUGCUCUUAGAGCAGCUCUCAGGUGUCCUGUAUUUGGCUUUGGGGAUUCCUGAAUGUCAUGUAAGAGAACUGUUGCAGCUGCUACAUGAAGUGCAUGUCAAACUAAUUUCUCUAUUCUAGCAUACCAUCUUUUCACUCAAAUCUCAAACACUCUGCAAGCACAAAUGUGUUUUAAUGAUGGUUGCUUCUUUUUUUUUUUUUUUUGUAAUCACCAAACAUUUGUCUGUAUUCGCUUAAUGGAUUUUUGUAUCAUAUUGGGUAUUGCUUUGGUACAUUGGCCCAAUGCAUAAUUUACUAGCUACUGCUUGUAUUACUCUAGAGAGAUGUUUAGUGCCCUUUGGAGCUGAUCUUUAAUCAGACUCACUUUACACUUGAUAGAAUAUUGUUACAACAAUGUACUGUAGCCCUGUAGGACACCAAGAUCCAAAACCUCAAGACAUCUCCAACCCUUACGAUGUGUUUAUAUUUUUUUGUUUUUCUUUUCACCCCAGUCCAUGUAAAAGAUUGGAAGCGUUCUCUGUUUCAGCUCUUGCAGAUAUGAGAGUGCCCUGGGAUGUCCAACAUGGUUAUGACGUAGUUGUGUUAAGCCUUGCCUUGGUCUAUAUAAAGCCAGUGUAUUAAUUAUAUUUAUUUUAAUAUGUUCCUAACAUGGUGCUUCAAUAUAACUUAAUUUUUUGAUUGUACUGAAUUCAAUGUAUUUUAUCGGGUUUUUAAUCUACAAUUCAGAUGUCUUUUUUCUGGUGUGUCUUGUACGGCCAUCCUGUUUGUUACUUAGGACAUUUGAGAUAAAUUUUAAAUUGUAAUGUUCCACUGUAAAAUUGUAUAAAAUGAAAUUAAUGCAAUUAAAAUAAAACAAUUUUAAAAAUGG